GGUUUUUUUUUUCUUUCUCUGUGCGGUGCUCUUAUAUAAAACUACAGGAACGGACCGUGUUUGGAUCCUCGGAGCUCUUCGUGUCCUCUCUCUCUCUCUCUUUUUAAACCGAUUAUAACAGGCCUACUCAUGUCUAACCCGUGUUAAAGCUUAUUUUUUGUGGAGGUGUUUUUUCUUCAGACUCGGUGCGUUUUCGUUAUCUUCUUCUUCUGAAGAAGAGGAACCGACCGGAUUUGAGCCCAGAGGAUCCAACAAAUAGUAUGAUUCUUUGUGUGCCAGGUCCUAGAGCUCUUCUGCCCGGUGCUCUGUCCACUGACGUCCCACAGGGCAUGCGGGCGGGAACUGUACACUCUACCCCUUGCCUACAGAGCACCCCUCCAGUAUGGGACCCUGCAAAGGACCUGCGGGCGAUAGCCAGCAACUUCUGCUAUCUGGAAAAUUCAGGAUGGUACUGGGGAGCUGUGACUGCGGCUCAGGCCCACGCUGCACUUCAAGAGGCGUCUGAAGGAGCUUUUUUGGUACGGGACAGCAGCCACCCCAUGUACAUGCUGACCCUCUCGGUCAGGACAGCACGAGGCCCCACCAGCAUCCGCAUCCAGUACAGCGGCGCCCGGUUCCUGCUCGACUCCAGCUCCCCGGCCCGGCCCAGCCUGUCGUCCUUCCCCAGCGUGCCUAGCCUGGUGCAGCACUACAUGGGACCAGAGAGGAAGGCGGAGGAAGGGAAGCUGGAGGUGGAGGCCCCCUCCAAACCCUCUCAGCAGACAGCUCAGGAGGCGUCCGUGGUGCUAAAACUGAAGCGGGCUGUGUACAAGCCCCAGGGCCUCCCCUCUUUACAGCACCUCACACGCCUCAUCAUCAACAGACACUCUGACUGCCCUGACCAGUUACCACUCCCGAGGCCUCUGCUGCGUUACAUACAGGACUAUCCCUUCAAGGUAUGAGAUGUCCCUCGAGUUCACUAUUAUGGCUACAUCGCAGCUGACUCUAAGGACAAAAAAAAAACUGUCAAACAGGCCCUUUGUGCCUGUAAAUAACACUGCUGCUCCAGCACUUGGAGGCCAGUCACGAAAAAAAAAAAAAAAACUGGACACAGGGUCAUGUUUUUGUAUGUCUAAGUAUGUACAAAUUCAGUCAAUACUGACGUGUCUGGUUUCAGACUUAAUGUGUCAUGGACUGGGUGGGUGACGCAGCCCAGAAAGAGAGGACUUGUGAGAAAACUCAGUACUGUAACCUACACUUAUUUUAUGAUGGACGUGGAAACUGUCCAUGUCUGUUUUACCCUCAUCAAAGUUUUGGAUGUGCAUACUGUCUCCAGGAAGUACACUGAUUCCAUUCAAACGUCAUUUUAAGCCAUUUUAUUUUUCUCAGUAAAACAUUUUUUCUACCUUUUACAUGUGUACGUUUUUCUAUUAAAAUAACCAACUUGAGCCCAA